AUGACCCCUAGAAUAAUCGAAAAAAAAGAAUCUAAAAGUGGUUCUCGCAGAAUCGAGAACAUUGAUGUAGCUCAACUCGAAUAUACCGCUACUACUAUGUUUACCUAUGGCACUAUUGCCAUUUCAGUGUUUCAUCCUAAAACAGGAAGGCAAGAGAUAUCUCGGUUUAGAACCGAACUAGCCACUGAUAAGAUUAAGUCGGAAACCAACCCGGAAAAUCCUAAUUCCAUCCCUGUAAUGGAUAACUUGACUAAGUUUAAACAACGUCAAGCCAAAACCGAACAAAUUAAUCAUGCUAACACGGUUCAAAAUUUAAGCACUAGUUUACAAGCCAUUCAGCCCACUGAUAAUAAGAAUACUAGGCUAAUUACCUAUGCCCUAGUUGGCACAGUAAUCGCCGGCUUGGUAGUUUAUCAUUAUGUUAAGCAACACGAAAAGAAAGAAGUUUACUCCGAACUUUCUUAA